UUUAACAUGAAUUUUUAUCUAAAAUUUGUUUUUGGUUAGUUAUCACUAGGAAUUUAUCGAUUAUUUACUUCAGCGAAAGCAAGAUCAUUAUUUCGUAAUGGCAACAAUUUGAGAAUAAACAAAAAUAAGACCACGCGUUUGUUAAAGAUGAGAGCGGAUUGUAAAAUCACAAGUUAACUAGCUCCAUAAUACUUAAAAAAUUUUUCCUGUGAUGGCAGCAGCAAAUAUACCCGUUGAAUUGGGAUUUGUGGAAAAACGUGCUCCUUGGAAGCUUCGGAGCAAAUUUUUUCCAAGUAAAGUUGGUGGAAACCCAGCAUGGUUGCGUUUGAACAAUCUUCCAGAACGAUCAGAUAUUCUAUGUAAUACAUGCCGUAAGCCAUUAAUUUUUUUAAUGCAAGUGUACGCACCCAUACCAGAAAUUGAGUCCGCUUUUCAUCGUACGAUUUUCUUAUUUGUGUGCGCCAAUGGAAAAUGUUAUAAAAGAUUUGAUAAUCAAAAUUUUGUUGUGUACAGAAACCAACUUCCCCGCCAGAACGAAUUUUAUUCUUUCGAUCCACCAGAAUAUAAUGAAAAGACUUCAUUAGAUCCGUCUGCGGAAAAAUAUCAGCCACUAUGUUGUAUCUGCGGUUGUGCAGCGUCAUUAAAAUGUUCAAAAUGUUCUGAAGUGGAUUAUUGUUCUGAGGACCACCGUGAUUGCGACUGGAGGUGGAAUCACCAAAGUAUUUGUGGAAGAAGCAAUGCAGAGGCUGGAUCAAAACGAAAAAAAGCCACAAAUCAGUUCUUGCUACCUGAAUAUGAACUUGUGACAGAAACUGAAGAAUUGCCAUCAACAGGACAAGAGAAAUCUGAUGAAGAAAAAAUGAAGGAAUACAGACAAUUUAUGCAGUCAGCUAAAGCUCCUAAAGAAAUGCAAGAUAUGCCCCUUGAUGAUCUGGAUGCUGUUAUGAAAAAAAACGAUAAGGCUUUCAAUAAAUUUCAAAAGAGGAUAAAGCUGGAACCAGAACAAGUAUUGCGUUAUCACAGAGGUGAAACUCCAUUGUGGGUAUCUGCAGAACAUAUACCAUCUCCAAAUGAUAUUCCAGAUUGUGUUUGUGGUGCCAAACGGGUGUUUGAAUUUCAGGUCAUGCCACAACUGUUAAAUUAUUUAUCUCUAGAUAGUGUUCAAGACAGCAUUGAUUGGGGCAAUCUAGCUGUGUAUACUUGUUCCAAAUCAUGUGAAAAAGGAGGGGAAAGUUAUGUUAAAGAAUUUGUGUGGAAACAAGAUUUUUCUGAUGAUCAUCGGCAAUAAAGCUUUUUUUAAAUACA